AUGAUCGACCCAUCAGAGAAUCUGGAGGAGUAUAUGGAAGUGUCCAAGUCAGAAACAUCCAAGCUGGAACAACUAGUGAAGAAUAUAGAACAGAAGAUUACUGAUCCUAACCAGUGUUUGAUCUGUCAACGAGUUCUCAGCUGUAAAUCUGCUCUUCAGAUGCACUACAGAAUCCAUACUGGCGAAAGACCAUUUAAAUGUAAAAUCUGCAGUCGAUCCUUCACCACCAAGGGCAACCUGAAGACUCACAUGGGAGUCCACAGAGCGAAACCACCAUUGAGGAUGAUGCAUCAGUGUCCAGUAUGCCACAAACAGUUCACCAAUCUUCUAGUCCUUCAACAACACAUCAGGAUGCAUACCGGGGAA